AAUGUGGAGCCGUGGAUUACCCACGCUUUGCAGGACGAUUCCGUGUCGUCAGUUUUCCGUCGCAGCUCAAAGUGGAGCUGGUCCUGCAGAAAUUGAUGAUUUCCUCCAUUCCAUCGCCGCUGCUCCAACACAGAAGCUCGUGAAAAACAGAACUGUAUUAGAAACUUCGACGGAAUUUUUCAAGUGGCUCGAACAAAAUCCCAUAAAAUCGAUUGAUCAAUUCAUCACAGCUGCACAAAUGGCUAUCACUGUGAAAUCAACGGAACAAAAUAAGGCGUUUUCGAAAAUUGAUGAUAUUGCGAAGAAAGUUCUGCCGAAAUUCUAUGAAAAUUUUGGACCGAAGGAGACAGUGGAUGCAUUGCGAUUUGUUUUGCAGCUGAAUUCAAAGGGAAAAGUCUCGACGGAUAUUCAGAAUUUGUUCCUUGAAAAAAAAAUAAGUCAAUCCGAUCUACAAACUGUUCCAUUUGACACACUUGUGAUGAUCAUUCGAUAUUCAAAAUCUUCAAUCGAUCAAAAUGUUAUCGAAUCUAUUGCGACUUCAUUGAUUUCUAGAAUCGAAAAAGAACUGGCAAAUCCUGCAGAUCUCCUAGCAAUUCUCGCCGGUGAUGGAUACGAAAAAUCAAAAUGGUUUCACAACGAAGCGUUCCUCAAAAAAGCCGAACGACUUGUAGCAGUAAUGGGAAUGGCUGAAAAAUGUGCUCUUUUGAAGCAUAUGGCAGUGAAUAAGCAAAGAAAUCGACAGCUACUUGGAGCAAUAAUCAACGCGAUUUCCAGUUCCAGUCAAGUUCUUACAGUAUCACAAAUUGUCAGUGUCACCGGCUCAUGUUCUGCUCUCACCUAUUAUCCACCAAAAAUUGCACGGAAAAUCUCCAACGACCUCGAGAAAAAUUCGAAUGUUCUUGCUCAAUGGGAUGAUGUGCUCAGCAUUGCCGAUUCAUUUAUUCGUAUGAGAAUGGGUGAUCAAAAGUCAUGGAAUCUUCUUGUUCGAUGGGCAAUUGAAAAUGUGAAGCAAGCACAUCCGGCUCGAUUGAGCAAAUUUGUCUCCGGGCUCGCUAGAAUUGGAGAACCAUCUGGAAAACCGUUGGCAAAAGCGCUCAAACCAUUUUUGGUGAAGGAAAAAGCUUCGACGCCCAACAAUUGGCUGAAUAUCGUCUUUUCUCUUGCAUAUUUUCAAGAACUUGAAGCAGUUCAUGCGGAUUCGGUGCUCAAUAAGAGUUUUGUAGAUCAAAUCAUGAAUUCAACAAUGGAAAUUCACGAUCGACUCCGAAAAGCGAUGACUCUUCUAAUGAUCAGUUCAGCGGCUAAAGUUGAUAUGCAGGGAAAAUACGAAGGACCAACAGUGAAUAAGGAAACAUUUGCUCGAUUUGGAAUCAAUUUCGACGCGAAAACGAUUCGGAACGCGAGGCAACUGAAAUAUUCGAGCAAUCAUUCAGAAUGCGAUCGAUAUUUUUUAAAGUCAUUAUUCAAACUUGCUCCACAAGAUACUCAUUGUCAACUUCCGAAUGUUGAAGAUUGUGGAGCUUUUGUCGAUGCCUAUGUUAUGCCAGAUCCGAAUUCCAACUUGCUAGUGAACACAUCACAAUGGGGCUCGAAAAAACCCAGGCCUCUAUUUUUCUACGGAUGGUUGCAAACUAAACAGAACACAGAAACGAGCGGCGAAAUCAAUACAGUUGGGCAAGAACAAUUGGGACUUCGACUGAUGCGUUCCGCUGGCUUCGAUCCAGUAGUCGUCUUCAAAACGGAACUCGACUAUUGCUCCACAGAAAUUGAUCAAGUGAAUCUGCUACGGGAUAAAAUACAUAAGAAGAAUUAAUUUUUUUGAUAAAAGAUUAUAUUUCUAGCGCCCCUAGUCUUUAUUGUUUUGUUGUUAUUCAUUUUUAUUCAAUAUUUUUUAGAUUUGAGAUUAUAAUAAAACAAAUUUAUAA